CGAAGACUGACAUGAGGAAUAUCGGAUGAAAAUAGCUCAGAUUAAAAGGUUGCAGCUUUGGAAUUCUUUCUUUAAACACCUCACAGCUUCUCUAGAGUAGGCAUCUCCUGUCUAAUUCUGGUCUGAGUGAAGCUAUAUAAAAUAUGAAUUUUAGUUUUUGUGUACCAAAGAUUUCUGCAAAUACGUCACUGUUGCAAGGCAUUCAAUGGUUCUUUUAUGCUGCUUCACCAUCUGAGAAUUCAUUUGUUCACGUUAAGGAAGUCCCUGACUAUUUGAAUGAUUGCUUUUAUCUACCAAUGGCUCUUGGUAUACCACCCUCUAUAUUCCUGGUCCAUGCUCAGUUUACCCUGCUCUAUCAAUUUUGGAUUCACACUGAGGUGGUAAAAUCUCUUGGUCCUCUGGAGUACAUUUUCAAUUCACCAAGUCACCACAGGGUUCAUCAUGGACGAAACCCUUAUUGUAUUGACAAAAACUAUGGUGGUACCCUUAUAAUCUGGGACAGAAUGUUUGGCACCUUUCAAGAAGAGACUUCAGAAGAAUUAGCCUAUGGUUUGGUUCAUCCUCUGUCCACCUGGAACCCUCUGUGGACACAGAUUUGUCACUAUCAUCAUAUAUGGAAUACAUUUUGGGCAACUGAUGGAUGGAAAAACAAGUUAUAUGUGUUGGUCAAAGGUCCUGGUUGGAUGCCAGGUCAGCCUCRUCUUGGGAAUCCUGAUGAUAUCCCUAAGAUCGAGUACCCUAUCGUCAAGUACGACGUUCAUCCUGGUAUGUGGGGUAACGUGUACGCUGUCUGCCAUGGCUUGCUGUUUCUUGUGGCUUAUCAACAACUCAUCGCAAAACAUAUGAUCCUGAGCCAGUUCAAUGUAUUGGCCGUCGUCUUCUUCUUGAUUCUCACGCUCACUUCAAUUGGAGCGCUUUUCGAUUKCAAGUGGUAUGCGUCGUAUCUUGAGUUUUCUCGCUGUCUUCUUUUCAUCCUCUCUGAUGUGCUGUUAACAUCACACGAUCUGAAUACAGGAGUUCUGCCUGAGUUCUUUUUGACCAUCACAAGAGCAUUCUUCAUUGGAUCGACUUUCCUAUGGAUGUUCGUUUGCAUGGCUCAUAAAGGCAAAGUCAAAACGUCAUAGACAAGCGAGUCACAUGCCCUGAAAUGUCCGCGUUUUAACAAAAUGAUUUCAGUUUUUACUAUAUGAAUAAGAAGMAUUAUAUUAAGUGGCCAUGUCAAAACAAUUAUCUAAAAUAAGGACCGAUUUUAUUGAUUUAGGUGAUGAUGGUAGACCUGUUGCUCGAUACUGGGCAUUUGGUUGACUAUUUCUAUACACAAAUAUGUAUACAUGUA